AAGUUUUAAAGAGUAAAAAGAUACAUCAAUUCAACUAAUUCAAUGGUAGAUUUCCCUCCACCUGGUUUUCGUUUCUUCCCAACUGAAGAAGAGCUUGUUAGUUUUUACCUAAAGAACAAGCUACAAGGAGAAAAAAGAAAUGCUUUUGAUAGGGUUAUUCCUGUCAUUGACAUCAAUGGUGUAGAACCAUGGGACCUCCCAACUCUUGCGGGGGAGCUUUGCCGUGAAGAUAAAGAGCAAUGGUUUUUCUUUUCGCCGGGGCAAGAGAGAGAAGCUAGAGGAGGGAGACCUAAUAGAACUACUGGUUGUGGUUAUUGGAAGGCCACAGGCUCUCCUGGUUAUGUUUAUUCUUGUGAUAAUAAAGUUAUUGGGGUGAAGAAAACAAUGGUGUUCUAUAAAGGAAAAGCUCCUAGUGGAAGGAAAACUAAAUGGAAGAUGAAUGAAUACAGAGCCAUUCAAGUGUGUAACCAAUCCAACACUGCCACACCUCAGUUAAGGAGAGAAUUCAGUGUGUGUCGAGUAUAUGUGAUAUCGGGAAGCUUUCGAGCAUUUGAUAGACGUCCAUUAGAGAACGAAAGAGAGGAUGGAUUUCGAGUUAAUAAGAUUGAUCAAAAUCCAUUUAUUGCUUCGUGUUCUAAUCAAAAUGCAAGAAUGGAUCAUGCAUCAACUUCAUUUGAAAUUUCUCAAUUAGAGGGACUCCAAAGUGUUUAUGCUCCAGAGGUUGCAGGAGGUUCAAAUAGCAGUAAUUGGAAUGUAGAUAACAAUGGUGAUAUUGGUGAUGAGAUUCAAAUCCAAGAACCACUGUGGGAAUGGGAAUGGGAAUGGGAACAUUUUAAUUGAGCUGAAUUCUAGCUUGGCAAGAUCCGUCAAGUAUACGUAGAUUACUUCUAA